AUGUCAACAUUUACUGAACUAAAUUUGCAGAAACAUAUUAGAUUUUUGAAGAGACAUCUUUCGCUAUUACCGGCAUCGCAUCAACACUUUGAUGUAAACUUAUUGGCCAUUGUAUUCUAUGCACUGGAAUCACUUUCCGCCCUUGGUCAAGAUAUUGAAACUGCAUACUGCGAUAAUCUCAAAUGGAUACGGAACAACUAUGUUUCUGAAACAAUAGGAGAUGAGAAAAUAUCUGGUUUUGUUGGGGGUCAAACUUUGAAUAUACCAGAUACAAUUACAUUAAGCUUACCAAAUACUCUUUUUGGAUUACUGACACUUAUCUUACUAAACGAUAAGGAGUUUUUUGACAAAAUUGUGGAUAUAGAAUCAAUAUGUAGGUUCGUAUCUUCAUGCCAACUUAAGGAAAAUGGAGCGUUUGUAUCUGUAUUAGAUUAUAAGUCAGGUUCACCUUCUGUUGUCGACUCACAUGAUCUUCGCUUUAGUUACAUAGCUGUUACGAUAUUAUAUAUACUAGGAUGUCGUAAAGAGGAGGACUUUGCAAAAUAUAUCGACGUCCGGAGUUUAGUUAGUUAUAUUAUGAGUCAAUCAUGCUCUUCUGGAGGGUUUGGCGCAUAUGGCGAACCUCAUGCUGGAUACACGUCUUGUGCUGUAUCUGCAUUAAAAUUGUUAAACAAGUUGGAUUUAAUCCAAAAGAGUCAGAAGGAAAGAACAAUCGAUUGGUUAUUGGAACGACAAGUCAGUAAUGAAGGUUUUAUGGGGGUACAGGAUAUUUCCAACGAAUGCUACGACGAAGAAGACCAUGGUGGAUUUCAAGGAAGAGAAAAUAAAUAUGCCGAUACAUGUUAUGCGUUUUGGUGUUUGAAUUCUCUCAGUAUACUAGAACCUAAUUACAAGAAAUUAUGUAACACUGAAUUGGUUAAGAAAUAUCUAUUAGACAGAACCCAGGAUGUCUUAACAGGUGGUUUUAUGAAAAACGAUGAAGAAGAUGCCGACCUGUACCAUACUUGUCUUGGAAUUACAACUUUGAAGUUGAUUGAAGGUGAAUGCAAUGGAUUACUUUGCAUUCCGAGUCAUGCUGCUCGGAAAUUCAAUUUGUAA